UGAGGGCUACAAAGGCAGAGGUCAGCUGUCAGUCGGACAGGGAUGUGUGAGAUGUGUCCCUGGGAAAUGUAAUCGCGUGAAUUAAACGUGUCACAGGUUGAGGGCAAAUCAGAAAAGGUUGCAUGAUGCAGUAAUUGUCAGGUGGACAGGGAGGCUAUUUUAGCCAGCCAUUCACAUGAGGCUAUGAAUGCAUUUCACUAAUAAUCGUAAAGUGCUUUUUGUUUUCCUGACUCACUGAUCCUGCUGCUCUUCCUGACUGACCUCACUUUAAAGGUGCUGUAAGCUGCAGGCAUGUCUGAGGGACCGAAAAAGCCUAAGUAUUCAGCUACACGCCGACUGCUUCUAAAGUCUAAACUGCUAAAGAAGGCAGCAUCUUUACUGGUAGCUGAAAGUGAAGAGAAGAAACACGAGAAAGAACGAGUUGUGAAUGAGAGCUUCCCUCCACUGAAGCUGUCAGGUUUGUCAGUCCAGGAGCUCCAGGAGCUCUGCAAAGACCUGCAUCGGAAAAUCGAUGUUGUAGAUGAAGCACGUUAUGAUAUGGAGGUUAAAGUAGCCAGAAAUGAAAAAGAGAUCCAGUCAUUGAAUCAGAAGAUCGUUGAGCUUAAGGGAGUAAAGAGGCCGAGCCUAAAGAGGGUGAAGAAAACGGCAGAUGACAUGCUAGGUGCCUACAGUGACACCUCCAAACUCAUGAAGGCUGAUUUCAAAGCCAACCUGAAGACAGUGAAGAAAGAGGAUGAAAAGAGGGAAGAAGUGACUGACUGGCGUAAGAAUGUGGAGGCCAUGUCUGGGAUGGAGGGCAGGAAGAAGCUGUUUGAUGCAGGACAAUAAGAAACCACUCAUGUGAGACAAAGCUGUCUUAGCACCACAUCAAUUUUUAGACGGCAAACCUUAUAUUUGCAAACAUUUAGCCCAGUGAUGUUGAAUCUCUAUUCCUCUUUACAACAGUUUCAGGAUGUUAAGAAAUCAUUGUAUGUAUUAUUGUAUUGUAAAGAACAUUGAGAGGCUUUUUAUCUUAAUAAAUCUCUGCCUAUGUGAAAUAAAGUGUGAUAACAUACAGUACAUUUAACAGUUUUGUCAGACUGAGGUUUAGUGCCUCUUGUGUAGUGUAAUACUUGUGUCAUACAGGUGGUGGUGCUGUCUCACUUUAUAUAAUACUGUAUGUGUGAUACUGAAUAAACAACCACGACCAGUC